CUGGCUUCAACGUACUUAAAGUAAGGGCUUUCCGUCAGAGAUGGGGAGUUGUUCUGAGGCCGGUCGUCGUUAUUCUUCCUUGCACGAGGUUCGCCUCCGAUUUCCUCAACCUCCGAACCGAGCAUGGCGUCUAAACUAUUGAUCGGACUCCUUUUCGCGACAGCUUCAGUGCUAGGCCAACAUACUGAGCAGGUCAAAAGAACUUUCGACUCAAUCUGUGAGCAGUAUGACCACAUCGUGGUCGGGGGCGGAACAAGCGGCCUCGUCGUCGCCAACAGACUGAGCGAAGACCCCGAAAAAACGGUACUAGUCGUCGAAUACGGAGACUUUGCCAACACGAUCAACGUCACCGUGCCCUACUUUGCAACAUAUGACCAAUCGGCGCGCCUCUACAACGUGACGUCCGUCCCUCAAACUCAUCUUGGUAAUCGUACAUCCCGCCUUCGUAUCGGUGCCGUGGUCGGCGGAGGCUCCACCGUCAACGGAAUGGCUUGGGACCGUGGCUCCGAAGCCGACUACGAUGCAUGGGAGGCCCUUGGGAACCCCGGCUGGGGCUGGGCGACCCUUUUCAAAUAUUUCCAAAAGUCGUCUACGUUCGCGCCGCCUGCGGAUGAGUAUGUCGAGGAGUGCGGGUACGAAUGGAGCGAGAAUGCGUAUGGCGAUGGUCCCAUUCAGGUCGGGUUUCCUUCGUGGCAGUGGCCAGAGUCUGCUCUCAUGGCGCAAGCAUGGGCUCAGGACAUCAAAGUGCCCACGUUGGAAGACGGUGCCGACGAUGACAACGUCGGCAUUGCGUGGCUCCCGCAGAACUCUGGCGGUCCUAAUGCGACUCGAUCAACCGCUGAGACUGCGUACUUCAACCCCGUCAGCGCCCGCGAGAACUUGCAUUUACUUAUACGUCACUACGGUGCGGCGAUAAGAUUUGAGGGCAACACCACGACCGGCGUAGUGAUUGGUAGUCGUGAUGGAUCCGAGACCAAGUUCGUGGAAUCUCCGAACGUGGUGCUCGCCGCGGGUGCAGUACACACCCCUCAACUGCUCCAAUUGAGUGGCAUCGGGCCUCAGAAGCUCUUGCAGUCUUUGGAUAUUGACGUGGUGGUCGACUUACCGGGCGUUGGUGCGAACUUCCAGGACCAUCCUUCCAUCUUCAUGGUCUACGACUUUGCCAACGACACAUCUAUCAACCCAACCCUCAUGAACAACGAAACCUUCUACAACGAGUCCUGGGCAGAGUACCAAGCCAACAGAACCGGGCCACACACACACGCCUGGGGAAACCGCGUCGUCUUCACAUCCCUCCAAGACCUGGAUCCAGACAACUACGAAGCCAUCGCGGACGCCGUCACAGCCCAGGACCCGCUGCAGCAUCUCCCCGAAGUCUACGCCGAGAACCCGGCCCUUCUCGAGGGCUUCACCCGCCAGCGUGACAUCCUGAGCCAGAGAUUCCGCAAUCCAAAGGCAGGCGUCAUGGAAUUCACCUGGGGCGGCGCGGAAACCGUCCCCGUAGCCCUCCAGAAACCCCUCUCGCGCGGCACCAUAACCAUCAACAGCACGAACCCCGACCCGGGAUCCUCCCUCCCAGGCGCAGGCGGCGCACAAGUCGACUUCAACGCCCUCUCGAACCCAAUCGACGCGCUCCUCCUCCUCCGCGCCGUCGCCAAAGCCCGCGCCUUCAUGGCGAGUCCCAGCGUCGAGACGCUCGGCGCGGUGGAGAUCCUCCCGGGCCCGGGCGUCACCAGCGACGCUGAGAUUGAGACCCUCAUGCGGGAGUCGUGGCUGUCUCCGAGUUUCGAUCACCCGGUCGGCACGGCGGCGAUGAUGCCGCGGGAUCUGGGGGGCGUUGUAGAUAGUGGGUUGAGGGUGUAUGGCGUCGAGGGGUUGUGGGUUGUGGAUGCGAGUGUUAUGCCGAUGUUGCCUGCGGCGCAUACGCAGGCUACUGUGUAUGCUGUUGCGGAGUAUGCGGCUGAUCUCAUUAAGGGUGUUGAAGGGUGAGUUGGUGAUGGUGGAAUGGCGGGACUAGGAACCGAAGUUCCCUUCCUUACCUCCUCCUCAAGGGAAGGAAGGCAUACCUUGAUGAAGGGAAAGCAAAUGAUUCAGAGUCAUAACUCUCGCCAUUUUUCUCCUCUCCUGGUUCAUUCCUCUUCAAUAAUCUUGCAUCCACGCGCAAUCAAGCCCAGCAGCAUUCAGAUAUCCACUCUCAGCUUACCUUCACGUUUUCUCUACUAUUUACCCACGCUUCAGAAUGGCGAACAUUACCCAGCAGCCUAUGGCUUCUCAGUUGGCCCUGGACGAUCUCCAAAGCCGCACCAGCACUGAAUUCAAUGCAUUGCAUCUUGAGUUGCAAAGGGUUUCAGCACAGAUUUGAAGAAACUUCGAAAAAGGUCGAAAGUCUUUGCGUACUUGUCCCCCAGAUGGGUCUCGCUAUCGACACGCUCCGCUCUGAAAUGAUCUCAGACGAAUACUCUUCUGGAGUCGAGAAGACUUGAAGAGAGAGAGAUCAAAGUAGCUCAAUCGAUUUCCGCUUCAUCGCAAAUGCUGACGACCAGCUAUACACAUACAAUAGAUUCCACAAAGAAAAGUAGGCAACCCG